UUAGACAAUUUUCAAAACUUUGAUAAAUAAAAAGAUUAAAAUUAAUUUUUUAAUAAUAAGACCGAGUAUUCUCGUGAUUUAAAACAUUAAAUUAACCUAUUAAUAUGAUAUAGAUAGUGCCACACAUUAUUUAAUAACUGUUGAUAACGUCCGAUGUUCGGAUUUUGAGGAAAAAGUGUUUAAAUAAGUUUUUUUGUGUAAUUUUUCAAUUUUUCGUAAUAUUUUCUCCUGUUGCUCAGCAUAAAUUUUCUUAAUGGAAUCUAAUCAUGAGAAUUCGUUCUGGAAGAGUAGUAAUAGGACCGUGCCUGGACGACCGUCACCAAAUAAGGAUAUUAAACUUAUUAAAGGUAAAGGAGGUACAUCAAAUUCGUCGGCAUCCUUUGAGAACUAUCAAAAGUCAGUUUCUGAUGCAUGGACACUAUCGGAAGAUGAAUUGACUAAGGAAUAUUGUAUUUUAUCCACUGAUGAUCCUAAAUUAGGUCGACGAUCAGCUCAAAACACAUCCAGAACACAUAAAAAUCCACAACAGAUUGCUGUCGUUCAUCGAGCUAAUUCUUCUUUUUCGACGUCAUCAAACAAUAACAUCACUAUUACUGCCACACUUGAUGCCAAUAAUCACGAUUUACACAAUUCUGAUGACACGAAUGAUAAGAGGAAGAAGCUUUCAACAGUCUAUGAAAAUGCAUCAACAUCUGUAAAUAACAAAUCAUCCAAUAUAGAAUAUGGUCGUCUACGGCAACGAUUCAAUUCAUAUCCAGGUCGACCACAAUUAUUAAAAUUCACAUCAAUGUCCAUUAAAGACGACGCAGAAUCAAAAUUAGAGAAAUUUUCAGCAAUUUUAGAAGCAGAUUUAUUAAAUUUGCAGGCUCUUAAAGAGCUAAGUUGGUCGGGUGUGCCAAGAAAGAUGAGGGCUGUAAUUUGGAGACUAUUAUCCGGAUAUCUACCAACAUCACUUGAAAGACGUAAUUCGGUGUUAGAAAGGAAAAGGAUCGAUUAUCAAGCAUUAGUCAAGCAAUAUUUUCAUGCUGAUGCACGAGAUGAGUCACAACAAGAUACAUUUCGACAAAUUCACAUUGACGUACCACGAAUGAACCCUCAUGUUCCAUUAUUUCAACAGAAACUCGUCCAAGAGAUGUUCGAGAGGAUCCUCUUUAUUUGGGCAAUUAGACAUCCAGCUUCUGGUUAUGUUCAAGGCAUAAAUGAUUUAGUCACGCCAUUUUUUAUUGUUUUUCUACAAGAACAAGUCGGAACGGAAAAGGAUUUAGAGACAUAUCGUUUUGAGGAGCUUCCAGUUGAACAACGAGACAUAAUUGAAGCUGAUUCGUUUUGGUGCAUUAGUAAGUUCCUCGAUUGUAUUCAGGAUAAUUACAUUUUCGCGCAAUUAGGCAUACAAGAGAAGGUGAAUCAACUAAAGGAAUUAACACAAAGAAUUGACGUAACUUUACAUAAGCACUUGACAAGUCACGGUGUUGAUUAUUUGCAAUUCUCGUUUCGCUGGAUGAAUAAUCUACUGACACGAGAACUUCCACUUUAUUGUACAAUUCGAUUAUGGGACACAUAUCUCGCUGAAUCUGAUGGAUUUGCUGUAUUUCAAUUGUAUGUAUGUGCAGCAUUCUUAUUGCAUUGGAGGGAGCAGCUUUUACAGGAAAAUGAUUUUCAGGGCUUAAUGCUUCUUUUACAAAAUCUGCCAACCCACAAUUGGCUCGAUUCUCACAUUAGCGUACUGGUUGCUGAAGCAUUUCGACUAAAAUUCACGUAUGCAGACGCGCCGCAGCAUUUAAAAGUUAAAAGUUGA